AUGACAGGGUCUUCUUUGUAUCCCAAACCGAACUGGUCUGACAUACAUGCGAGGCCACCAGUGCCCACUCUUUCUCUCUCUCUCUACUCCUCAUUCUGCCCACAUGGGCCCAUCUUCCCACCUGCUGCAAACAAGUUAUGCGGACCUCAAUGCAUUCCUGGCUUCAGGGCGACCGUCAAGCAGGGACCAGUUGACCUGGCCAUGCCCCCUUCCCCAUUCGCAUUGGUCCAACAGGCUCCAGCAGCAAUUUCCCAUCUGCCCAUCCCCCUUCUCUUAUCUCCUCUACUCUCCUCCUCUCUCCUCUCUCCUCUCUCCUCUCUCCUCUCUCCUCUCUCC